AUGGGUUUCGGCGGCGUCGCUCUCAAGAGCGUCUCCCUCUUCUUCCGCGCCAUCGAAUUCGGCUGCGCAGCAGUCAUCCUCGGCAUCUUCUCCUACUACCUCGCCUCUCUCACAGACCACAGCCUCCCCAUCAGCGUACACAUCAAAGCCGUAGAAGGCAUCUCGGGCGUAGCAGUCAUCUACACGAUCGCAGCUCUCGUUCUCGUCUGCUGUCUCGGCGGCAUCGCUUUCUUCUCCGCUCUGGGCAUGCUCCUGGACUUUGCAUUCUGUGGAGCAUUUGCGUAUAUCGCGUGGGUGAAUCGUCAUGCUACUGAUGGGUCUUGCUCUGGUUUCGUCAGGACCGCCUAUGGAAAUGGGUAUACGAACCUGGGCAAUGAGGUUGUAGGCGGUGAUGGUGGGGUUACGAUCUUGCCCAAGUUGAGCACUGCCUGUAGAUUGCAGAAGGCUGCUUUUGCCGUUGCUGUUAUUGGAUGCGUCUUCUUCUUCAUCUCCAUCUUUCUCGAGUUCCUCCUCAUCAAGCACCGCCGCAAGGAGCGCGCCUUCGGCCCCUCCCCCAACAACGGCUACACCGCCGGCUCCCCCAAGCGCAAGUUCUGGCAACGCAAGAGCAAGAGAACCACCUACGCCGACAAGAACGCUGAUGUCCUGCCCACGCACGCUACACCUGCCGAUAUGCGCACUAGCUAUGCCACGGAUACUACGGCUGUGGGUGGAGGAGAGCCCCCGAUUAACAAGUAUGGUAAUACCGCUGCGUAUGGAAAUGCGCCUGUGAGCAAUGGGUAUCAGACUCAGACUACGACGCAUGCGGCUCAUGGCCCGGCGGCGGUGGGUAAUGGUGUUAGCCAUGAUGGAUAUGUAAGGACGAGUCAUAAUCAGGGGACGUUUUAA